AUGGGGCAGCUCGGUUUGGGCGUGAGAAACGCGGAGGAUACGACGUUGCGGUUCGUCCCGACGUUGCUCGAGCUGUACAACGGGAACGGGCAAAAGCAGCCCGUGAUCGACGUCGCGCUCGGUUUAGAGCACACCGUCGCGGUCGUGAAAGGCGGGCGCGUGUUCGUGUGGGGAAGCAACCGGUGGGGGCAGCUCGGGAUCGACCAAGACCCGGACGUGGUGCCGUGGACGUCCAUCCCGACGCCGAUCGACAUCGGCGGCGAAUCGAUCCGAAACGUCUCGAGCGCGGGCGGGCACAACGCCGCGCUGACGUUCGGCGGCGCGGUGUACACGUGGGGGGCGAACAACGAGGGGCAGCUCGGUCAGAGCGGAUGCAUCAGGGAGGACGGGAUAGGGAACGACCCGUCGGUCGCGGGCAACCCCGUCAUUAUUGAGAUAAAAACGGGCUCGUAUCACUCGCUCGCGCUCACGGACGACGGAAACUUGUUCUCGUGGGGAGAUAAUUUUUUCGGGCAGUUGGGACACGGAUACUUGUCGCUACAACAGGAACCGGACGCGUUUUAUCAAACGCAAAACUAUAGAGUGCCGGAAAUGAUAGACGUGCCGGAACGCGUGAAACAUUGGGAUUACGGAACGACAGAGGUUGUCACGGAAACAGUUGGAAAUGUCACGAGAGAAGUGACUCGCAACGUCCAAGUCACGGGAAAAAUCCGCUUGCCGGACGGAGGAGAAGACAGAAUUAUUCAAGUAGACGCCGGUUUUUUUCAAUCCAUCGCGCUGACGAAGAAUGGGAAUGUUUAUGUGUGGGGAACGAACGCGAAAGGACAAAUGGGCACUUGUGGUUGUGGUCCUUGCGUGCAUGAUUAUGACGCCGCCGGUCAAUGUGACCCUCUUGUAGGCGCUCCACCGUUACCUCCAGCUCCUGUUGCAAUUACCUUCGGUGCUGCAACACCGGUAGUAACCAACCAAGAGACCUCCACAUCAAAUACAACUGCGGAUCCUUACGCGAACUAUUUCUGGAACGUCGGCUGCG